CUUUGGGGCUAGGAGUCUGCACCCGGGAGGAUGAGGUCCAGCCACCUCGGGCCCUUCUCGCUUUCCAAAGGGAGAAGAACCUUUCUUGCCCGCCUUCAGCCGCGGUGUAGAGGCAGGAGCCGCGUUUGGGUGGAGAAGGCCGGGGCCGCCUGAAGGGAGAAGUGGGGGGAUCCGGAUACCUACGGAGUCACUGCCCCGGGGUGUGAAUUACAUGAACCAAGCGUGCUUUAGCACCAUGGAGAUCUUGGAGAAGAACCUGAGCACCAAGUUCAUAUGUAUUCUAUCUCAGAGGCAUCUAUUGGCCAACAAAACCUCUCAGAUGUGAACUUUAACAGAAGCUUUAAACAUGCUGUUUAACACAGGCUCAAUUUGAAGAAAAACAUUUUAAAUCCUUAUAAAGGGGGAAAUAGUACCUGUUGCUCAGUUGUACAAACUCUCCAGGUAUCUCAGUGAGAAGUAGACAGGAACCCUAAUGAAGCUGUGAGUCUGAAUGGGGCCCAACUAGGCUCGUUCUCGGGCUCCCGGAUCGACCCUCACUCUUCUGAAGACCAGCUUAAAGAAAGCCUUAAAACUGGCCAGAUGAUGGAUGAGUCAGAUGAUGAUUUUAAGGAACUCUGUGCCAGUUUUUUCCAAAGGGUGAAAAAGAAUGGCACCAAGGAAGUGUUGGGGAUAAAGAAGACACAAAAGGCCUCAAACAGCACUCAGAUAACAAGCAAGCCAAAAAGGACCAAAGCAGCUGCUACUAAGAGCAAAACCCUUCAAGGCCCCAGGGAGAGGAAGACUCGAUCUGGCAGCCAGGCCCCAAGGACUAAAAAGCAAGCGGCACCCAAGUGGCAAGAGAGUGAACCAGCUCCCCCUGAGAAUGGGGAACGAAGUGUGCUUGCUUCUACUGUGCUCCAGGACAGUGCACAGAGCACCCAGACAGGUAACCCAGCCAGAAACACUGCCAGAGCCUCCAGAGAGGAAAACCCAGAGGCUGCUCCCAGCAGCAACUCCCAGCUGCCUCCUUCCUGUCUGACUGAGAUGGUGCCAAGUCCCUCCAAACCCCGGGCAGCAGAGCUGGUCCUACAGCGAAUGCAGCAGUUCAAGAGAGCAGACCCUGAGCGUUUGAAACAUGCCUCAGAAGGGUGCCCCCUCCAGGCUGCACUUGAAGAAAACGUCCCACAGGGUCCUGGAGAGGCGAUGAUGGCAGGGAAUGGGGCUGGACCCUGGCUCCCUGCCAACGAGAGUGAUGCUACAGUGGCCUUGGCCCUACAGCAGGAGUUUGGGCAGGAACAAGCAUCUGGACUUGACGAGAGCCUGGAGGAAAAGGGAUUGUUCUUUUGCCAGAUCUGUCAAAAGAACCUCUCGGCUAUGAACGUGAUACGAAGGGAACAGCACGUGAACCGAUGCUUGGAUGAGGCUGAAAAGUCACUGAGAUCUUCCGCGCCUCAGAUCCCUGAAUGCCCCAUUUGUGGCAAGUCAUUUCUCACCCUAAAGAGCAGACUCAGUCACUUGAAACAGUGUGCAGUGAAGAUGGAGGUUGGCCCCCAGCUCCUGCUCGAGGCUGUGCGGCUGCAGACAGCUCAGCCUGAGGGGACGUGCAGCACACCAGCCCCGGCACCGGCCCCGGCAUCCAGCCUCUUGGGAGUCAGCAAGCAGUCUAGGUUCUCUCCAGCCAGAAAAUCUUUCAGUUAUUCUCCAAGCCAAAUGAGUUCCUGCACGUUGACCUCUGAGCUGGCUGACCAUGUUGGUGGCCCAAGCCGGGAGGCCUUUCCUUCAAGCCUCAGCUUCAGCAGUCACACAGGAGGUCUGAAGCGUAAGGGAGCCCCCAUCAAGAAGGAGUCACAGAAGAGGCGGAAGGCCAAUGAGCCUGAGGUGCCGUCUGAGGACAUGCUGGUGGCCAUGGCUCUCUCCCGGUCCGAGAUGGAGCAGGAGGCUGUGCCUGCAGUGCUCAGACUGGGAAAUGCUUUUUCUGAGAGGACAAGACUGGGAACAGAAAAGAAGAGUCGCAAGAAGAAAGCACCCAUUUCUCCACCCCAGUUGUUAGUCCAGGACUCGGAGACCACAGGGAGACAGAUUGAGGAUCGUGUGGCCCAGCUUUUUGCAGAGGAAGUGGAGUUUUCCAGCACGCCACCACUUCCUGCUAGCAGACUGUUAAAGGAAGAGCUAGAAAAGGCCCACAGGUGUCUGCGACUGCCUGAAGGGAAGCAGAACUUUCUAUGGGAGAGCAGUGCCCUGACUGGGGCCUGGCCUCUGGAAUCCUUCUACACAGCAAGCCUGGAGCCGCCCAUGAUGCCCAAGAAGCUCACCAAGGAUGUCACACAGGAGCCCACGCUGCCACCAGUGCUAUCUGAUCAGCUACAGCUGGGCGUACACACGCCACCUGCUCUCCACAGUGCUGGCUCCAGGAACCCAUCACCCUCUGCCAGCCAGAGGGAGCACCAGGCCCUGCAGGACCUCAUAGACCUGGCAGGAGAGGGGCUGAGUGCCAGCCCAUGGCCCUGCAGCAGUGGCCUGGCCAACUCAGAAGGGACCGAAGGGAUGGAUCUCUCGCCCAGCGGCCUUCCACUGACUGGGUUUGUCCUGCCACCUGAGCAGCAGCACCUGGAGAGGGGCGGCAAGGCUUCGCUCUCCCUCGGUUUGCUGGUUGCUGACUUCGGUGCCAUGGUCAAUAACCCACACCUGAGUGAUGUCCAGUUUCAGAUGGACAGUGGGGAGAUGAUCUAUGCACACAAGUUCGUGCUUUAUGCCAGAUGCCCACUUCUCAUGCAGUAUGUAAACAGUGACGGCUUCUUCGCUGUAGAAGACGGCGACCUGAGAACACAGCGCGUCCUGCUGAGUGACAUGAGCACGGAGGCCACCUGUGCGUUCCUGCAUUAUCUCUACACCGCAGACACUGGCCUACCUUCCCAGCUGGUCCCUGACCUGAGUUCGCUGGCCCGCAGGUUUGGUGUGAAUGAGCUUGUUCACCUGUGCGAACAAGCGCCUGUUGUGAUGGAUUCAGAGGGCGACCGAUGGAAGGAGAAGGAAGACAAGGAUUGUGAAAACAGAGCGGAGAAUUUCCAAGAACUCUUGAGGUCAAUGUGGGUAGAUGAAGAAGAGGAAGCAGAGACCUUGUUGAAAUCUGAGGACCAUCAAGAAGACAGAGAGAAGGUCAAUGAAGCAGAAAUGGAAGAAAUUUAUGAAUUUGCAGCUACUCAGAGAAAGCUGCUCCAGGGGGAAAGAGCUCCAGACAUCAAGGAAGAAACUGAGCAGCUUGGGGAGGGUGGUCUAGGUUCUGGGCGAAUCCGAGCAAGCACCCAGGUUCAAGAACAGUUGGAAAAUGCAGAACAGAUGGAAUCAUUUGGGCAGGGAGGAGAUGAGGCCCCAGCCAAAGAGAAAAACGCGAGACAGUCCAUGCUCCUGCCACUCCAGGGCCAGUGUUCCGACAGGGAGGAGGAAGCAGAGGUUCCAAAGGAAGCACGGGACCAUUCCGGCUCUAGCCCUCCUCAGGGCAGCCGGGCAGAGAGAAAGGAAGGCCCCUUUUUGUACUCAGUUGAUGCUGCUGAUGAUGAAGAACAGCCCUUUCCAUCAACUCCAGGAGGACACCCUGAACCAUCCCAAAUAACAAGUGAUCUCAAGGAAGGCAAGGGCACCGUCAGGGAAAGAGACGUGGAGAGUUCCCGUGCCCCCCUUCCCUGGCAGGCACCCCCAUCGCACCCAUGCUUCUCCCCUUCACAGCCCCCUCCAGACAGGAGUCCCUGCCCACCACACCCUCGCCCUAAUCGCACAAGUGACUCCUCCCCACCAAGGCCCCAGUCGCAGGGCAGAGCUUCCAGGGCCGCCUCCCAGGACUCACCAUCAAGGCGAAAGAGGGGCCGGAGCCUUCUCCCCCUACUUAACGAUCCAGGCUGCCAGAAAGGCAAAGAACGUGGUUUCAUGUUAGAAUGCAAAAAUAAAGGGGUCCUGCCCUCCCCAGAAAAGUCUCCAUCCAUUGACCUAACCCAAGCAAAACCUGGCCAUCAGAGCUCCAGAUCUCAGAAUUCUCCAUCCAGCAUGAACAGAGAAGAUGAGGUUAUCCUUUUAUUGGAUUCAGAUGAAGAGUUGGAGCUAGAACAAACAAAAACAAAGUCAGUUUUUAAUGGUCCCUCCGAAGAAGGAAAAGUUCAAGAAGUUAGCCCCAAGUCCUCUGAGCUGUUCUCCAUCAUUGACAUUGAUGCAGAUCAGGAACCUUCCCAAAGCCCACCAAGAAGAGAGGCUACACUGCAGCAGGAGGAGGGGGUGUCGUCUGGGAACCAAGGCUCUGUGGGUGGCAGAGGAACCCCCCGGCUGUUCUUUGACCCUGAGAGCAGCCGUUAUGAGGACAGCACCAUAGACACCUCGUGGCUGGUGCCUGCCACCCCGCUGGCCAGCAGAAGCCGAGACUGUUCAUCGCAGACCCAAAUCACGGGCCUCAGGGCCAGGACUUCAGCGAAUCAAGUGGCUCAGCUCAAGCCCAGGGUCUCAUUAGAAAACAAGGAUGGACCCGAGGCUGCGAGCAAGUUUUCGGUAAUCGUGCCCCAGACGUCAUUGUCCUGCCUGGUCUCUAUUGCUCCUGGAAGCCCUGACAGCAGAAGGCAGAUCUACAGGAGCCCUUCCAGUCCCUGCCCCAGGCGCCACAAGCACUUUUCUCCCCCGGCUUCCUGUCCGACCUCAGGAGGCCUUGAUUUCAGCAGGCAGUUCCAGGAGCGCUCGCCACCUAGGCCGAGCCUGCCGAAUCAGGCCACAGUGAGUGAAGUGGUUGAGGUGGAAGACAGUGAUGAUGAGCAGGAGGUGGUCUCCCCUCAGGUGAGCGGCACCCCCCUGCAGGACAGCAACCCCUCCAGGCCAGCUGACGACUGCUGCUGGAAUGUUGAGCCCCUCUCACCGAUUCCAAUUGACCAUGUGAACCUCGAGUGGACUGGCCCCCUGAGCACCAGCAGCCCCAGCGGUAGGGCAGGGGAGGCCCCGGACAUUGGUGACUGCCACUCCCCGACACUCCUGGGCACCCCCCCCAUCCGAGGAAAUUGCACUGGCCAAAGGAAGUAUCAAGAGAAAUCCCCUAGGACCAGCUCCCCUGGGGGCAACACGCUGAGCUGUUUGAAUUCAGCUCUAUGGGACGAUUGGGAUGGAGAACAACAGAAGUCUCCAGAAGUUCUUCCUCUGACCCAGACGCCGAGUGCUGAUCGAGCUCAGAAAUCAGAAGGGUUAGAGAAGCCAAAAGGUGCUAAUCGGAGGAAAAACUUGCCCCCGAAAGUGCCCAUAACACCAAUGCCACGGUAUUCCAUCAUGGAGACCCCAGUACUGAAGAAGGAAUUGGAUAGGUUUGGGGUCCGCCCUCUGCCCAAACGCCAGAUGGUCCUGAAACUAAAGGAGAUAUUCCAAUAUACUCACCAGACACUGGAAUCAGACUCUGAGGAUGAGAUCCAGUCCUCACAGGUGCCCCUGGAGUCUCCUUGCAACCAGACCCAUACCGCCAAGACCUCUAAGCCUUCAAGGGCAGCUGGGUGUGCCAGGGACGAGGCCACUUCUAACCCCAUUCCCAAAAGGUCCAAGGGACCUGCUAAGACCAAAGGCCCCCGACAUCGAAGGCAGCAGCCAGGUGGAAGCAUCCCCCCACCGAGCAUGUCAUCAGCUGAAGAGGUGCCCCUAGGCCCUGAUGGUGAAACCCAGCACCCAGCCUCCCAGAAAUCCACAGCCACCUCUGUGGACGGCAGUGACAGCUCCCUUAGCUCACAAAGUUCUUCCUGUGAGUUUGGAGUGGCCUUUGAGUCCGCAGGAGAAGAUGAAGAGGGUGAGGAGGGGGUCAGUGCUUCGCAGGCCGCUGUCCAGGCAGUGGCCACAGAGGAGGCAGUGAGGCGCUACAUCCGCUCGACGCCGGCUCUCUACCGCAAGGUCCUGCUGUACCAGCCCUUUGAGCUGGCAGAACUGCAGGCUGAGCUGAGGCAGCAGGGCAUCCGCAUGGCCACGGGGAAGCUGCUAGAUUUCCUGGAUGCCCACUGCAUCACCUUCACCACUGCUGCAGCCCGGAAGGAAAAGCUUGAGAGGAAGAGGCGGCAGCCUGUGGGCAAGAAGAAGGGAGGCAGAACCAGACAGCCCACCCCCCACUCCCCACCCAUGGCUACUGGCAGCCUGUGAGGGUCAGCAGCCCGUUCAUUGAGCCCAGGUCUCAAUGGGACCAUACCCACUCCCCCUGUGAAAAUGACAACUGCACUAACAUGGACCAGCUUCCUCUCCACUCCAUUUGCUAAAGUGGUAUUUGGAGGAUGUCACCCACUGGAUUUAGGGCCCCUGGCCUCCUCCCUCUGUCGGUGCCCACAGUUGGUCUCCCUUUAACCCCACUGGGCCAGUGUGUGUUUCAGAAGGGCAAUGGGCUAUCACCAGUUGGCCAGGGUGAGGCCUGAUUUGGCACAUCUUUCGCUCUCUACAUCCAUCAGUUGCGUUGUCCUGAGAUGGAUGUCCGGGUCCAGCCUGCCUUGCCUGCCUUCUCAGCAUUUGUGCUGUAAUCCCAGCCUCCACCAGCAAACCAGGUGUCCACAGGCCUCCCGCACUGCCAUGCCCCAGGUCCUCUGCUGGCCUAGCCGUCCUGCCCAGACACCUGUGAUUGUCACCAGCAGUCUCUAAACUGGACAGUGCAGAAGGACCCAACACAGCUCUGAAGCCCCCAAAACAAGCAUGUUCUUUGUGACCUGGUUCGGUUGGUGUGUGUUAAAGUUGCCUCUAGCCUCGGGAGCAGUGUGGAGCACAGGUGAGACCCAGAAAAGAAGAGUUUGGGUCUCUGCAUCCUUGUGAAUGUCUUGUCUGUUUUAAAUACAGUGCAGUCCAUUUUAUAUGAUGUGCAAUAAAAACAAAAAAGCUUUAUGAAAA